AAUGACCGGCUAUGAAACGAGUCAGAAGUGGCCAACAGGGGGCAAGGGGAUUGGGCUGUGAAGAAUGGGGCUCCAAAAGGGUCUGGGCCAUGAUUUGGGCCUGGGUCUGAGCCCGGUCUCGUCUCUUAACGAUGUGCAUGUUUAUGCGCUGCUCUGCUGCCUGCGUUGCAGGCAACGCACGAACGCCCAGACAUUUAAAGCAGUGGAAGCCACCAACCACCAACAAUAACAAUACUAGGGCAGUGGAAGGUAGACAACAGCAGCGGCAGCGGUGGUGGAAGGAAGGGCCAGGUUAGGCAGCUUGUUAGCAAGGGAGACACGGCCAAGAUGCUGCUUAGAGAUGAGCAACAACUAUCGUUUAUCUUGAUUUUAGUUGAGAAUGUCUUAUAUCUUAAACUUAUAAUUCUUCUUCAUAUUACUUUAAUUUUGCCAUAAACUUUAUUUUCACAUCCUAAUAUCCCUGGUAAAAGAUACUCAGACAAUAGAUAUCUAUAAAUAUAUCAUUAAACUUUAAAUCUAAAGUGACUUAAUAAAUUCUGUGACUUAAGAUGUGACAGUGAUCUUGGAGCUAAAAACUUCCAUCUCUAUGUGUUCCUGGAGUUGAGUCCCCUUGUUUUUAUUUCGGUUUCUCAUUCAGUUCGUUAGUUGGCCAAAGCCAACGGCUAUGUUAAGUGGCAAAGCACAUUCACAUAUACAUACAACUACAGAUGAACAGGAAAACAGGGUUGCCUGCGCGCCUGUAGAUAUGCAAAUUGGUAUAGAAAUUUAAUUACUUGCUGACAUGUUUUGGGCCUUUAAAUUGGCAACUUGUUGGGCAAAUUAUAGUCAUAUAAUUUUAUCCGUACUUACUUUACAAGCAGCUGUUGACGAGCAGCUUGGCUUUUAUUUUCGAAAUGGCUUUUCUAAAACUGACACUGAAUAGAGAAGAAAAUUAAGUCAAUAUGGUUUUAAUAAACAAAUUCUUUUGCCAUUACCCGAUGGACACUGGAGUCUUCGUAAUGUCGGUCUCCUAUAUCGUAAUUGAUAUAUUUCAAUUGAUUUAUCACCUGCAUCGUUUUAUCGUCGUGUGCUAUAGUUCUACCAUUUUUCAUUUAGUUAGAAACUGGUACUAUGCUUAUAUUGGCAGUGCGGACGAAGUCCAUGAGUUAAUCACCGGUACCAUGAUGGACAAUCGGAUAUAGACUAUAUUAAUUCAUUUCGCAGAUCUUUUGACUGAUACUGCGCUGCUCACGAGUGUGCAUUUGAAUAGCUGACCCUAUCAGGAUAAUUUUCUAAUCCGCUAUUAUAGUGCGGUCCAAUCGCUUUAUCAAUUUGGUUAACAAAAUCGAUUUUUAAAGCGUUUAUCUACGUGGUCGUUUUCAUAGCUCUGUGCUUUGCCUAUGACCACGCGCUAUUAGCAUUGAUUUUCGUUCCAAUAUUUGGUAAGAUACUAAACACUAUAUAACAGAUUGUUUUUUUUAAGUAAUCCCCCUUUCCCACAAGCCAUAGAAAUGUAUUUCCCAAUAAUUGUGAUCAUGCAUUUUAUAAAACUACGUUUUCCAAGCCUCAAUCACUAUCCACAUGAUACAGCCGUCUAAGUAUUGCAUAUUUUGGCCUACCCUUAAAACAUACUCGUUAAAUUAAGGAUUUGCCAUGUGAACAACUCGUUUUCAACAACUUGCAAUCUGCAGGGUGGAGUGUGUGCGUGUGUGUGUGAAGUGCAAGGGAAUCGAGAUGUGAGAACCAGCUGGGAAUGCCUUCAGCCUAUCGAUGUUUCCCUUUUGCAAUUAACAUUUGUGGAACACACGUAAUUACAAGAUUACGAUAAGUGAUAAGAGAACCCGCAGCAGCAGCGUCAGGAGGAAGAAGUAGCAGAAGAGGAAGAGCACGGCCAAAAGCAGUAGGACUGGUAGCGUAGCUUAUGUUUUGUUGUUGCUCUUGUGGCAGUUGCAGAUUUGCAUAUGUGGACUGCGCUGUAGCCAAUGUGCUAGCAAUACCAAAACCGAUUACGCACAUACACAGAGGAUGUAAAGGUUAUAUAAAGUGAAAUAUAUAUUAUAGAAAACUGUAAAAUUUGAAAAUAUAUUGAAAGUAAAAUAACCUAAAAAUGGGGGUUUUCGCCUAAUAAAAAAUUUUGAAAUAUAAGUUUAAGCAAAGCUUAAACGUUUGAAGUUAUCUCUCCUCUAUCAAUGGAUUCCAGUUUUAGAUAAAGUAAUCUGAGAAAAACUUGGAUUUUAAAGGUCACUAAAGGUCAUUCUAUGUGAUCAAUCUAUUAACAUUUAUUUAUUGAUCUCAUAUAAAAACUAAUGUAUUUUCCUUAGUGAAAACACACAAACAAGACUCAUACAUUUUCCACCAUCAGAGGUCAGUGCCAGGCCACGCUGAGCCGCCCACACAAAUCUGUGGCCAGGAAGGGUGGCGCGUUGAUGAGGAUGAUGCGAUGAUGAGGAUGAUGCGAUGAUGAUAAUGAUGUUGAUACUGCAGCAUUGCAAGUUGCAACCAAUCUACCGGCCAACACAGAUACAUUACACAAACGCAUACACUACGAACAGAAGGACUGACAGACAGACGGACAUAGACCACACCACAACAUUAUUGUUUAAAUUGCAAAGUGAUACAUUUGUGCCGGCGGACCGAGAGUUUGCCUUUGGUUUUAGCAGUUUGCAUACGGAAUGCAGAUGGGUCCCCGGAUGAUUGGGUUAGUUAAAGCCCAAUUGUGUUUGCCAUCCGUUCGGGCAUUUCUUUGUCCCGGUUGCUCUCCACCAGAAGCUUUAAAUUUAAGAAUGUUUUCAUUUCCAAACUGAAAGUUACUUUAUAAUUAUACAGUUUAUUAGGAAAUUUAUCAAGCAAUCUGACAAGCCUAGGACAAUAUACAUAAUGAUGAAUUCGAUUAAAUUAAAGGAUAUUUAAGUUAUUUAAGCUGUGGGAAUGUUUAAACUAAAUAUUAAUUUGACCCUUGGAAUUUGCAUUAGAAUUGUGAAAAGGAGUUCAAUUGACCCGUCGCAAGCUUUAGCCUUUGCGAAAAUGUUUUUCAAAUUUUGAUUAUUACCAUGAAAUUGCUAUCAGAUAGGAUUAGGCCUUAAAUUAAUUGCAAUAAACAUUCUAAAUUAUUUCUGAAAAACUUUUAAUAAGCUUGGUAAUCAUGUUAUGCAUUCUUAAUUGGAUAAUUUGCAAAUCCUAGCGGAUAAUGGUCCCUUAAUGAAUUCCAAGGGGAAAUACAAAGUGUUGCGAGUGUUGACAGGCUUUCUAAGCCAAUGUCAGUGCCUGUUGGAAAGUGGAAGAACUGGUGCACACAUAAAUGAAAUCAAAAUCAAUGUCAACAACAGUGAAAUGUCGAGUGUCCCGCGGUGAUGCAAAAGGAUGGCAGGAUGCCGUCAGUGGGCGAUGGAUGUGGCGUCAAAGGCGCCGUCGCCUUUGAAGUACUCCCAUUACUACUAAACUGGCGUACUACGGCGUAGUAAAUAGAAGCUAAAGCAAAUAGCGUCGAGCUCUGACGUAAAAGGACGAAAAAAAAAAAAAAAAGGGAAUCCCCCACACGGAAUGACAGCGGCAAAAACGUCAGUAGCUGCAAAAAAGAACAAGGUUUAAAGAAGUGGGUGGCAGUGUGGGAUUUUCAAGUUGGGUGUGGGGCAGAAGGAGAGCAAAUCAACGCAGGCAAAAAACACUUUGUGCGCGCGUCAAAGUGUUAAAGAAAGUAAGCGCCCAUCCAACCACCCACACAACCACACACAUAACGAAAAAGUCAGGAAAGAUGAAGAUGGUUUUUUCCCGGAGCUUUGUGUACAUAUUUGAUGCGCUUUUUUUCUCCACCCGGCUCGACAAAUUUAAGUUUUUGGGCUUCCUUUUCGGGGCGGCGGCACUUGCUUUGUGGAUGCCCCACUGCAUGCUAGAGUACUCGCAAUUCCGGACUCCAAAACUCCGGAUUGCAACUGAAGGAGAGGGCGACGGCUUAUCUUUCAGCCAAACACUCGAGCGUCCUCUAUUUUUUGGGAGGCUUAACGAUGUUUGGACGGCCUUUGUCCAUUUGCUAUUUCCAUAUUGACUUGACCCGUAGAUGAUUCCCCUCCAUCACGGCUCAUCAUGGCACAAAGCCUUAUUAUAAGCCACACUGACAAAAAGUUAUACAGAGUUAAGGGAUAAUUGAUAUAACUAACAAAAACUUUACUUAAACAAUGUUAUAAUCCCAUAAAACUUGAAACAUUAUUAAAGACACAAUUUUCCAUAAGCUAAAGAUAUUAUUUCUUUUCAACGAUUCCUACUUAUAAUUCUCAAGGGUUUUUUUUUCCAAAAAAGACAGAGUAUAAAAACCUUAACGCUCAAAAGAUGUAUAGAUGUAAAUACGAUAACAAAUAUUGAAAUAUCGCUUUAUAAGAUUCCAAUUUAUCAAUCACUAAGAUUAUAUAAAUUUAAUAAAUUCGUUUCAUUGUGGGUUCUGACAUUAAUUAAAAUUAAUAUCAAAUUGAAAUAUAUCUCAUUAAAAUGGUUUAUAUAAAAAUGUAAAGCAUAACUUUCUCUAUAUAGACCACAAAAAUUUCUGUAAGUGCAUGAAUUUUUGGUCCCUGGGUCAAUGCUUUGUGCAUUUGAAAUAUGCCGGCAAUUACCGGGCAACUUUUGCCAUAUUACAACUGCUGAAUUAUUAGUGAGCUGCUUUUUUCAGCUCAUUAGCGUCGCAUCAAGUCGGAAAAGUGUUUGGCGGAGUAGUCACAGAGAGGAAGGGGUAGUAAAUUAUGCGCAGUGCAAUCAAGUUGAGUGCGUACUACAGUCUAAAUAAGUAGUAGUUGUUUAUUCAUAAAAGCAAUGCGCCGAGAAAUUGUCAGCCUUUGGGCUUUGACAACACGAAAAGGAGCUUAAAGGAAAACGCAAAGCGGUAAAAGGAGGGGUUAAAAAAACCAAGCAAGGGGGAGGGGAGCGGGAAGCUCAAAAGUGCAGUUGAAACCACAUAAACAAACGAAUACAGUGGACACUCAAAACAAGCAACUUGUGAUGGAGCUAUAAAAAAGGUGCCUAACAUAGUAUUUUUAUUAUUUUUAUAAUUAAACAUUCCGAUUUUUUACUAUCAAGAUAUGUUGUUGAUUUUUGAUAAUAAUUAAUGUUUCAAUAUCUAAAUAAUUUUUAUGGAUAUGCGUUUGUUAUUUAUUUUUUCCUCAUAUAACAUGGAUAUCUUAUCGAGGGUGACCUGUAAAACGAAAGGCUUUGAGCGAAAAGCAGGAGAAAGAUAUCACAGACCUAUUCCUUUUACAAACUACCUAUCCCUGUGAUUUCCAACUCAAACCCAAAACCCCUCGCAGCUCGUCAAAUUAAUCGAACUGCCAUCAAAUGCUUGUCAGUUCCUUUGGCCAUAGCAAAAGUCUUUGUAUGCGUGUUUUUUGUGUUCUUGAAAUGAAAGUACAGAACUUACCAU